AUGGAGAAGAAGGUGAUGAUGAUUAUGGGUGUGAUUACAGUAUUGCUUGUGAGCCACGUAAUGAAGAGUGUGCAUGCAGUUUCAUGCCCAGAAACCCUAACAACAAUCGGCUCGUGCUUUCCUUUCCUGCAAGGGAUGGGGUCUGCACCGCCCUCCUCGUGCUGUUCCGGCCUACAUAAAGUAAUCAGCGGUGCUACCACCGGAGAUUUUCGACGGGAAUUAUGUGAUUGUUUGAAAACUGCUGCUUCUUCCUAUGGUGUUUUGCCUGAUAAAGUAAAGCUAAGCAAAUUCCUGACUUGUGUCAUGUUGCAGUUCCUGUGCCUAUUGACCCAAGUGAGGACUGCUCCAAGGUUGAGUAAAAAAAUUGGCUAG